GCCCCAGCAUGGCCGCGUCCACCAUGUCCGUCUGCUCCAUCAACCUGAGCUACGGCAGCCACAUCUGCCUGCCCGGCUCCUGUGACUCUUGCUCCGACUCCUGGCAGAUGGACGACUGCCCAGAGAGCUGCUGCGAGCCCCCCUGCUGCGCCCCCAGCUGCUGCGCCCCGGCCCCCUGCCUGACCCUGGUCUGCACCCCAGUGAGCUGUGUGUCCAGCCCCUGCUGCCAGGCGGCCUGUGAGCCCAGCCCCUGCCAAUCAGGCUGCACCAGCUCCUGCACGCCCUCGUGCUGCCAGCAGUCUAGCUGCCAGCUGGCUUGCUGCACCUCCCCCUGCCAGCAGACCCGCUGUGUGCCCGUCUGCUGUAAGCCUGUCUGCUGCAAGCCUAUCUGCUGUGUGCCCACCUGCUCUGAGGGCUCCUCUUCAUGUUGUCAGCCGUCUAGCUGCCAGCCGGCUUGCUGCACCUCCUCCCCCUGCCAGCAGGCCUGCUGUGUGACCGUCUGCUGCAAGCCUUCCUGCUGUGUGCCCGUCUGCUGUGUGCCCAUCUCCUCUGGGGCUUCCUCUUUGUGCUGCCAGCAGUCUAGCUGCCAGCCGGCUUGCUGCACCACCUCCUGCUGCAGACCCUCCUCCUCCGUGUCCCUCCUCUGCCGCCCCGUGUGCAGGCCUGCCUGCUGCAUGCCUGUCCCCUCCUGCUGUGUCCCCUCCUCCUCCUGCCAGCCCAGCUGCUGCCGCCCAGCCUCCUGCGUGUCCCUCCUCUGUCACCCCGUGUGCUCCCGCCCAGCCUGCUGAGGCCUUUCCCCAGCCCAGAAGUCCAGCUGCUGCCAGCCACGUCCCCAGGCUCACUGGGCACUGAGUCCCUCACCUCUCCCACUACUGGCCCCUCGGCUGCCCUGGUAUCCGUCUCUCCCUUGAAGAUGUGUGCACAGCCUCUCCUCCCCUAAGCCCUGGGGGCUCCUGCUAAGCUGCAGGGGGCCCGGCCUCCACCCACUGCCCCCUGCUCCUCCUGGACUGGGUCCCACAUUCCAGGCCCUGUGGUCUCACCUCCCUGGAAGCUGCUGCGCCUCUGUGGCCAUGUGAGGACCCUGCUUGGAGACCCUAA